CCGAACCUUCUAGGACCAACCAAACCCUAAUCGACCCAAGUCGUCGUCUCGUUCGAUCGAUCCCUCCUCGAUCGUUCACUCCCCCUCCCCUUCCUCCUCUUCCCGAAAUUCUCCCCAAUAUCUCCUCGAUUCAUCUCUCGCUCGACGCAUCGCGAUCGUGUGGUUGGAAAGUGUCGUUUUUUGAUGGAUUUUGGAAUUUUUCGGGGAUUGAAGUGGAAAUUUGUGUUUAAUCGCAACCUCACGUUUGUUGCUGCAAACUAUUAGAGGUACAUAUUGGGAAACAGUACAUAUUGGGACAAUUUUGGAGUCUUGAGCAAAGAUCUUACCAUUUUGAUGGCAUGCAAGACGAUUCAUUGGGUCGUCGAAUUCCAGUUCCUUAUAGUUUCUCGCUAUAUAGCAAUUCAGUGCUUCGCCUGUAAUCUUUGAUGAUUUUUUAGUUUUAAGAAGAAGAGAUUUAUAUUGUGAUGUGAAGCUGGAAUUACAAAUGAGUAGACCAAAUACUCGCAACAAGAACAAAAGACAGCGAGCAGAAGAUAGUGAAAAUCUUUCCUCUGAGAUCCUCAGGAAAAUACAUUCAACUGGUCAGAUCACAAAUAGUGAUAUACGCCAACUUUACUCAGUGUGGAGGCCUCUUUGCCAGGGUUGCCGUGUGAACUCCAAAGAAAACCCCAAUUGUUUUUGUGGGCUUGUUCCACCACCUAAUGGGACCCGUAAAGCCGGCUUGUGGCAGAAGAUGCCAGAUAUUAUACAUUCUCUCGGUCCAAACCCUAAUGAGGAUCUUCGUGUUUUGACAGAUACACCUGCUGGGCUGACUAACCUGGGUGCAACCUGCUAUGCUAAUAGCAUACUUCAAUGCCUAUAUAUGAAUACUUCAUUCAGAAAUGGCAUAUUCUCUCUUGAACCGGAUCUUUUAAAGCAACAUCCGGUUUUAGAUCAGCUCGCCAAAUUAUUCGCACAGCUGCACUCUAGUAAAAUGGCUUUUAUUGACUCGGCUCCGUUUGUUAAGACUUUGGAGCUGGACAAUGGUGUUCAGCAGGAUAGCCAUGAAUUCCUCACCUUAUUUUUGUCUCUUCUCGAACGAUCUUUAACUCAUUCUAUGGUUGAUGGUGCUAAAAGUAUUGUGCAAGAUCUCUUUCGCGGGAGAGUGUCACACGUGACCCGGUGCUCAGUGUGUGGAAAAGAGUCCGAUGCAUCUUCAAAAAUGGAGGACUUUUAUGAACUUGAGCUGAAUAUCAAGGAUUUAAACAGUUUGGAUGAAAGUUUAGAUGAUUACCUCAGCGUGGAAGAACUACGUGGAGAAAAUCAAUAUUUCUGUGAGUCAUGUGGAAAAAGGGUUGAUGCUACCCGUUGCAUAAAACUGCGCUCACUUCCGUCUGUACUAAAUUUUCAACUGAAGCGUUAUGUUUUCCUUCCGAAGACGACAACAAAGAAAAAGAUAACCUCAGCAUUUAGUUUUCCUAGGCAACUAAGUAUGGGAAACCGUUUAUCUGACCAGUCUGAUAGUUUAAUAUAUGAGCUUUCAGCCAUUCUCAUCCACAAGGGUACUGCUGUUAAUAGUGGUCAUUACGUGGCGCAUAUUAAGGAUGAAAAUAGUGGCAAGUGGUGGGAAUUUGAUGAUGAGCAUGUCUCGGAACUUUCCCUCAACCCAGCUAAUAAAUCUGGGCUGAGGGCUUCUUCUGGGGAUUCUGUUUCUAAUGGUUUUGAUCACGAAGAGACAUUUUCGUCAACUGAUGCUUAUAUGUUGAUGUACAGUCGAAUCAACACAGCUGCCAGUGCCAACUUAAAUGUAAAGAAUAGUUCUCUUCCACUUCAUUUUUCAAAGGAAAUCGAAGAAAUGAAUGAGUCAUAUGAGAGUGCUUGUAAGGAAUACCAAGAUAAGAAAGACCGAGAAGUGGCUUGCAUAACAGAAAGACGCCAAGAAGUGAAAUCUAUUCUAUCUGAAGCUCCUGUUCAUCCAUACGAGGAUUCAUAUUUCUGGAUCUCCACAGAUUGGCUUCGCCAGUGGGCAGAUAAUAUUACUGCUCCCCUCUGUCUUGACAAUAGUUCAAUCCAGUGUGAACAUGGAAAAGUUCCAUUUUCAAAGGUUAACUCCAUGAAGCGGUUGUCAACUACAGCUUGGCAGAUGUUAUUGUCUAAGUAUGGAGGGGGGCCUUCACUAAGCAGCGAUGAUUAUUGCGUCGAGUGUCUAAAUAAUGAGGCCAAAACUGCAGUAUGUGCGGAUGACUACCGUGAUAGAAAAGCUUCUUUAAAGCAGCUAGCAGAAGCAGCUCUUGCCGGAAACAGUCUGGAAGGUCCUUCAUAUAUGGUUUCUAGGAGUUGGUUGCUACAAUGGUUGCGCAGAAAAAAUACCGAUCACCCUAGCGAUGCUGAUGCUGGACCUACAGCAUCUCUUAGAUGUCCACAUGGAAAUCUUCUUCCAGAGAAUGCUCCAGGGGCAAAGCGGUUAUUGGUACCUGAGGUUCUAUGGCUUUUUCUCUUUGAGACCAUCAGUUCGACAAAGUCCGAUGUCUUGACCUUUCCUUCUGACUCAGAGACAUGCAAAAUUUGUAGUCAGGAGUUAACUGAAGUUGCAAGCAUGGAGGAUAGCCUCAGAGCAACCAAACUUAAGCAGAGGCAGAAUCAUGAAAAGUUGAUUGCAGGGAAAAGCUUUGCACUUAAUCCUGGCGAUAAGUACUUCUUGGUCCCUUCUUCGUGGCUAUCGAAAUGGAGAGCCUAUGUGACAACAACUGGAAAGAAUAUUUCUUCUUCGCCUGAACCUGAAAAUCUGGAAGCAAUUGUAGAUUCGCUUAUCUGUCAGAAGCAUUCGCGGUUGAUAGAAAGGCCUCUUGAGCUAGUUUGCAAGCGUGGAGUCAUCACCCAGAAGCCGUCAACUAUGGAUGGCCUAACACUCAUCUCUGAGAACGAUUGGAUGCUAUUUUCGGAAGAUUGGAAUGUCAUGGAUGGAAAAGGCAUAUCUGCUGAAAUUGCUUUUCGCAAUAGUUCUGUUAAAAAAGUAGCUGGGUCUUGUGAAGAGAUGCCAAUUUCAGAGGAAGACUUAAGCCGCUCAGUUGAUGAAGCAAAUGAUGAUUUGGAGGCUAGAAGGCCUUACAUCAAAACUUAUCCUGAGUUAUGUGAAGAUUGCAUUGGUGAAAGAGAAAGCUGUGAGUUGAUGCAGAAGCUCAGCUAUAGUAAUGAGAAUAUAAGCAUCUAUUUUGUGCGUGGAAAAGAAGUGCCAAAAUCAAUCAGAGAGGCUUCUGCUACUGCUGAUAUAGAUCGCCGCACUUCCAAACGGUCCAGGAAAACGUCAUUUGGAAACACAAUCAGUUUGACAGUGUCUGCAUCUACAACCAUCUACCAGUUGAAAAUGAUGAUUUGGGAAGCCUUUGGGGUCGUUAAGGAGAACCAAAAGCUUCAUAAAGGCUCUGUGGAGAUUGAAGGUGAUUUCGACACUCUUGCAGAUAAGAACAUCUUCCCUGGAGAUGUUCUUUGGGUAACAGAUACUGAGAUCCACGAAAACCGUGAUAUAGUAGAUGAACUCUCGGAGCAAAAGACUAAUGCAAACCAAGCUGAAGAAGGCUUCCGUGGAACUCUGUUAACCGCGGAUGUCGCAGCGUUAAUCUUUAGGGAUGCAUCCUCUGGCUAAUUGUGCUUUUUUUUGCUCCUAAUACUUUAAAACUUAUCUGAUGAUUGGUCCGGAAAUAGCUUAUUCCUGAAGCUGUGUCAUAUGGAGGGAUACUACAAAAGAUGAGAGAGUUUUGGUUACUACCAGGCACGUUCCGGCUCCGGUGGUUCUACUCAUCCAGUGUGAAAUUUUGCGACCCUACCCUUAAUACUUCUCUCCUCUGUUGUUAGCGUUGUCGUUAUGCAAAAAGUAAAAUGAGAAAAAACGUUAAACAAAAAGAAAAAAAAAAAGAAAAGAAAAAAAAGGAAAGAAGAAAAGAAAAGGAUGGAAGGGCUUGUGCUCCCUGCUGUAUUUUCUUCUCUUUUUUUUUUUGCCCCCACUGAAGCAUUAUUAUGUACAUGAAAUCCUACCCUCCUUUUUUUCGCAGCUAUAAAAGUAUAUAGCUUUCAUUAGUCAUCUGAAGCUUUUUUGAGUGUGUGCUCAUGAAAGAGCUUUGCUGGGCAAAAGAUAAAAAGACAUCAUCAAAGGAUGCAGGAAAGAGAGAGGUAAUUUUUCCAAAGCACACAAUUACUUUUAACAGGGAGAGAAUGGUAUGUGUAUUGUACCUGCUAUGUUCCUUGGUCACCAAAUCAUCUGCUACAGGAAAAAAAGGUAACUUUUUUAAGUGUU